AUCAUGCCAAAAGUAUUAAAUUUAAAGAAGAUUCAGAGGAAAAAAGGAAUCAAUUCAGCACAUCCAAAGUCAAGGAAAGCUAAACAAAUUCAACGAUCUAUUGAUAGAGAAGAUCGUAUCAAGAAAGAGCGAAAAAUUCGUGAAAAAAGACGAGAUAUACAAAUUAGUCGUUCUAUCUAUUUUAAAUCAAUUGUUGAGUUAGAAAAUAUUACAAAAUUAAAUUUGGAUGAGUUAAAUAAGCUAAUUGAGAGAUAUAUUCACCGAAAUGAUUCAAAAAUAAAAGGGUCACCAUGUUCUGAUCUUCAUCCACGCCAUUCCUCUAAAAAAGAAGCAUUUAAGCAAGUAUUUUAUAAUGAACAAAACGAAUAUAAAAAUGGAUUUCAUGUUCCUGAUCUAACUGACCAGAAAAACGUAUUAGCAUUAAAAAAUUGGACGGGAAAUUAUAAUGACCUUCAUACUUUAAAAUUUAUUCGUGUUAAAAAAGAAGACUCAUAA